CCCACGCCCACACAGCGAUAUAUAUUGGUAAGUUUUCUUUACGGAUACAUCUCACUCUAGGUUGUCCGUUCCGGCACUGUGAUGGGGAUGUGCUGAGACAGAAACUGCGAGCACAGAACAUUUCCAAAGAUGCUGUUGAUGAGAUAGCAAAGUUUGCGAAGGAAGGUCACUAUCAGUUGGCGUGUGGGCGAUACUUUGAUGCAUCCCACAACAUUUCGGGGGACAAUGUUGAGACCAGCAUCAACCAUCCUAACCAGUACUUUGAAGAGAGUCAACUUAUACGCAAGGAUGGGGGGAAAAAAAUAAACACACCUAAUCCUGGGAAGGUCAUCCGAGUCAAAGGUUCUCAGAAUUCUCAGUCGGUGAAAACUUCAAGUCAGCCAACAGACACACAAGCCACAGACUUGGAUGAAAUGGAGGAUGACUUCCCCAUGGAGGAAUUAGACUCAAUGCUUCAAUAACCCUGCGGUUUGACAUGGCUACUAUUAAUGGAAGCACUAUACAUUCAUUUGUUAUUAGUAAUUAUUUAUGGAAUAAAUGUUAACAGUUUCA